AUGCCGUUCCUCAUCGCGACAUCGAGCACGACCCUACGCCGUGGCGUCCCCUCCACCGAGCUGGCCGCGACCUUGCCACAGCCGAGCAGCCGACCUUGCUUCGACGCUGGCCAGCUCUCCUUCGCCAGCGACCCUGACACCGGGCCUCGUUGCGAUGCGACUGCGGCCUUGUCACCGACUGCCAUGGCAACUACCUCGGCCUGUCACCUCGCCGACCGUCUCUGCAUCGGCCUUGCCCUGUUAUCUUUCGCUGUGCCAUUGAGCCAUCACCACCACGAUGUUCUCGACUCUAGCCGCUGCGACCCCUCGACUGCGAUCCUCUUCGCCUUCGUUCCACAGUGCCUCCUCGCCGGCGCCGUACCUCCACUCUGCCGGCAACCCCUCUGCUCCGGGCAAACCAUGCAACGGUCGAGCCUCCUCCAUCGUCGGUGA